UGCCAUGGCAGAUGUGGCCAUUGGCUGUGACGGUUAAUCCAGAAUGCUGGAUUUGAUACAAGCAGGAUUUAGCCAUAACCAUGAUACUAACAUCUGUCAGAGUCCCGCUCUGAGCUCCCAAACCAGGACGGGACAAAAGCAGGAAUAUUGUUGUCUCACUGUUUUGCUAAAAAGAGGAGGGAGAAGCAGUCGAUAGAUUGAGAAACCUGAGCUGGUGCAGCGGAACCAUGGGCAAGGCGGGGAGUAAAGUCCUGAGAGAGGCCUCGGUGGACGGGGUUCAAGCCCAGCCAACUCCUGCUGCUCCUCCUGAUCCUGCUCCUGUUGCUGCUCCUGCUUCCGUUAAAUUCGAAGGACUCACUAAAACCAACAAGAUGAAGGUGAAAUGGACCCAGCUGGGUUUGGUGUUCUUCCUCGUUUUGUCACUUGUGAUGACAGGAUGCUUCUUCUGGCAAUAUCAGCUGCCUAAACUUUUGCCAGAUGAAGAGACGGGUCGUAAUGCCAAAUUAGAGAUGAUGUGUCCUCGCUUCCCCGAGCCUCUCCAGCUGGAGCAUCCCAUCCCCGGUCUGAAAGAGGCCCUGGAGAAGGUGGACAUUUUGCUUCGGCAGAGCAUCAACCCCAUCAGCCUUCCCUCUCUGUCGGCCAUCGUGAUCUUAAAUGACACAGUUUUGUGGACCGGCAACUUUGGAAAAAAGAAUGGCAGCGACCCUCUCUCAGGACCCCCCAAUGAGUACACAAUUUACAGAAUUGCAAGCCUGUCCAAAAUCUUCCCGACCUUGAUGCUGUACAAACUGUGGGAGGACGGGAAGAUCGGCUCUCUGGAUGACCCUCUGGAGAAAUAUGUGGAGAACUUCACCAUCAAAAACCCUCUGGGGAAGACGCGAGACUCUGAGCUCAAGUAUGUGACGGACGGCCUGAUAUUUCUGGACAGCGGGGAGGUUCAGAUCCGUUCCUCCUCAGUCACCCUGCGCAGGAUGGCCAGCCAGCUCUCAGGACUACCCAGGAGACUCCGGGCCACAAGUCUGCUUUGGAAAGGAAAAACACAAUCUGCAAUCAAUCUGCUGCAAGAUGAUGUCCUCGUCGCAGACCCGGGCACCAAAUGUCACUACAGCAACCUCGCCUUCUCGUUGCUGGCUCAUGUGAUGGCCGAGCGUGUGGCCGCUGUCGACUACCAGCGGUGGAUUGCAGACAACAUCCUGGACCGGCUGGGGAUGGAGGACACUGGCUUUGACAUCACCCCGGGGCUUCAGAGCCAGAUGGCUGUGGGUGUGUACUCCAACGGAAAGCCAGCUCCACUCUAUGACCUGGGCUGGUACCGACCUUCGGGUCAGAUGUACUCCACGGCCGCGGACUUGGCCAAGCUCGCCAUGAUGCUGCUGGGCGCUUAUCACCGCAAGAUGCUGGAGCCGGACUCGUUGAAGAUCAUGCUGACCCCGCUCUUCAGGUGCGAUAACGACUACUUUGCCAACCGCACUGGGACGCCGUGGGAGGUGAAUGAGCUCAUGGGCUACGAGAUGGUGCGUAAAGACGGCGAUCUGGACGGCUACUCUGCCACCUUCUCCCUGGUGCCCAGGCUGAAGCUCGGCCUGGUGGUGCUAAUGGCUGGCAGCCGGUCCCAGAACCAGGACUUGGUCUCCAAGGCUUACAAACACGUCAUACCAGCCAUAGAAAAAGCCUUCAGGGAGGCCAAGAAGAUUCUCUAUCCUCCACCAAACCCAGAACCUUACGUCGGCUUCUUCACCUACGGCAACAUCACCUUCUACGAGAUAAAAGUCGGGCCGGACGGAGUUCUGAUCAUGCAACAGUUUGGGCCUCAGAUCGAAGAGCUGAUCCCGGAAAAGUACAGGACAAUAAAGCUCAACUACCUGGUUGACCGGGUGUUCAGAGUGGUUUUUGAAAAAGAGUACCCUUGUGUUUUACGAGUCGGCACGGCUUCAGUGUCCCUGGAGGCCCAAGAUGGCCAAUUAUUUAACUUCUACACGUUUGACAAGCGCGGUUUGUCCCCUGGUUUUGAUGCACCGGGACUGAACACGUACAAUGUGGUCAGAAUAGCCCGCAAGCCAUCCUUCUCAAGCUGAACUGCAGCGAUGCUGCGACCUAAAGACAACUGGUCUGUCCUUGGAAUACAUAAACAAAAAGGGAGCUGUGAAUAUCGAAAGACGAAAUGAUAAAGUUGGGGUCAUUUUGGCGCUCAAAGAUUGGAGUGUGCGCUUGAUUUACAGAGGACAGAGAGGGACGGCAAUAUGUAUAAUGUCUCGCACAGAGAAUGAAUUACUUUCUCUGCUGAAUGAUGUAUAUGACCUGUCCUUCGUUACGCCUCCCAACUGAACAUUCACAUUAUGGUGAUACAGUGCGUGUGUUUUUCCUGCCUUCAUUUAAACCGCUGGUAAAUUGUCCUGGUCUCUUCUGUCCUUGAGUUUUCAUGAGAGAGAACGGCAGAACACUGGCUCACAACAAACUCCUGUUGUGGUCAUUUACAUGAAUAUUUCCAUAGACUUCAUUUUCAAUUCUUGGACCGUGAUUGCGGUUCCAAGAAACUAAUCGGCUCAUACAUAUUCAUCGUCCGUUGGAUAGGAGGGAAAGAAUAUUCCAUGUCUUUGUGUUGAACUAUGCUUUUGGCAGGUAGAAUCGGGAUGUUUUUGUGACGCACAUGAAUAUGCAUCAUUUUUAUUUAAAUGCUGAUGUUGCCACGGGUACGGAACUGCUGAUUUAAUAUCAAGAAUCAUGCACGAAGAUGCAAAAAUAUUUUGGCUCCCCAAUAAGAGGCGAUUAAGGACAGAGAGGCUUUCGGACGCUGUGUGACUCUUUGCCGUUUAAUCCCUAAAAAUGGACUCCAAUUUGUUCCGACCUCUAACACCAAUAUGAAUAAUUUCACUGCUGCAGGAAGAUGACAGAUUCAAGUGUACCAAAAUAACCCUCCUGAGGCAAAGAUUGAUGUUCUACCUUUCAUAUUUGAUUUGUGUCUGCAGAUGUGAUGGAGAUGGAAAUUAUAUUGAAAAUGUUGCGUAGUCUUGAAGCACCAGGUGCAGCCAGUGAAAUUGAGGCAAUGUGAAGAAGUAAAUCUAUUGUAUCCAUUCGACUGUGGAUGGAAAUAUUGAAAAUAUUGAAACUGCCAUUCAACUAUGUAAUGCUAUGUUGUCACGGCCCACAGAGCUCAUUCUGAUGGAUGCUGGGAGGAAACAUGCAGUCACAGGUCAUUCAGUAUUGUGAGCCAUACUGAAACUAAACUGUACUAAAGUGUAGCCUGUGUUGAUUCUCUGCUAUUGUUGAGACUUGUUCAUUUGAAUAAGAUGUCAGAUGAGGUUCAUGCAGCCCUUCAGAAAAGCAAUAAUGCAAUCAAGAUGAUGAAUAAAACUUUCUGCAUUCAUAUUUCAGUCCUCUCAAUAACAAAAGAUAAAACGUAAUCAGGCAUUAAGAUGGGUAAAAUAUAAAUAUAUAUAUAUAUAUAUAUAUUAAUAGCUACGUGUGGACAGCUUCAACAUUUAUUUAUUUGAACUCAGGCAUUUCACAAUAGCCAUAAUCAGUUUUUAACUAUGCAAUCACAGUGAACAAGAGCUGACCAGUCAAUCAAAUCAUGGCCAUGCAAUGAGAGACAAAACAAGAUUAGGAAAAGCUCACAGUAAAGCAUUACAUUCUUUGUUCACAAGGUCCACUGAAACACAGAGAAGAAGUACUUGACCUGUUUUUUGCUGCCCGGCAACCCAUCAAUUUUUUCCAAAUACGAACAAAAUAAAGUACAACAUGUUGUCAUUCAGAUCAGAUUUGAUUGUCCCAGUUUCCCUCUGGAUUCACCGAGGCAUACAGCAUUCACAGAAUAAGACAGCAGGUGGAAUAUGCAGGCACUGUUGAACAAUAUUAACCAUAGUAACAAAUAAACAAAAUCAAAUCAAAGAUCACGCACAAGCUCUUUAAAGACAUGUAACAAUUUGACAUUUUGGGAAAUACACUUUCUUGCCAAGAGAUAGACGAGAAGAUCAAAAUCACUGGAGCUAGCAGAAACAGCUUGCCUGGCUCUGUACAAAGGUUAAAAAAAAUCCACUUAUCAGCAUCUUUUAAGGACCGGUGUGUAACAUUCAGAGGCAUCUAUGGGCACAAAAUGAAUAUAAUAUUAUUAAGUAUGUUUUCUUUAGUCUGCAAUUUACGAUUAUUUUCAUUGUCAAUUAAUCUGUUGAUUAUUUUCUCGAUUAAUUCGAUCAGUUGAUUGGUCUAUUAAAUGUCCCAAAAACCCAA